UCGGAGUCGGAGCCGGAGCCGUUUGUUUUUGUUGUUUUUAAACCCGUUGUUUAUCGCUCAGUGUUUUCUAACCCCCUCCCUCCUCUCCUCACCUCUCAUCUCCUGCUUCAUCCGUUAUUCCGGCUGCGAAACGCUCCGAAAAGAAGUAGGAAGAUGGUGAAGAUAUUCGUGGGCAACUUGUCGCGGCCCACAACCGUCGACGAGAUCCGAUCCCUGUUCGAGAAGUACGGGCCGGUCAGCGAGUGCGACCUGAUCAAGAAUUAUGGCUUUGUGCACAUGAAGGACAGGGAGGCAGCAAAGGAGGCAAUUGAGAAUCUGCAUCACUAUAAGCUGCAUGGCGUCUGCAUCAAUGUCGAGGCCAGCAAGGGUGGGUCCAAGUCGUCCACCAAACUUCACGUGGGUAACUUAGGCAGUGGUUGCACCAGCCAGGAGCUGCAGGCCAAAUUUGAGGAGUAUGGGACGGUCCUGGAGUGCGAUAUCGUUAAGGACUACGCCUUUGUGCAUUUGGAGAGGAGUGAGGAUGCCAUGGAAGCCAUCAGGGGACUCGAUGGCACAGAAUUCAAAGGCAAACGGCUGCAAGUUGAACUGUCCAAGAGUCGGCUGCGGAUGCAACCUGGGAUGGGCGAAAAAAACGGCUGUUUCCGGUGUGGUAAAGAAGGCCACUGGUCUAAAGAGUGUCCCAAAGAUCAAGGCGGUCUCGAAAGCAGUUUUGAUGGCAACUUCUCACGCGAUUACCUAGAUCCUUUUUCGAUGACCGCGCGCCCCAUAGCUGGGUAUGGAGACCGCCCUCUAUACGAUGAGCGAUACGGGGCCGCCGACUACUACGAGAAGUAUCGGGCAGGAUCAUAUGGAGCAGUCGGAGAUCCUUAUGGACAAGCAGCACAAUAUACGGCAAUUGGCACUUCCCUGCGAGAUCGUAUCCCCGGUGCGGUAAACCUAUACGAGCGGCGGCCAUUGUCGACUCCCUCUGCCUAUUACGGUCGCGACAGGAGCCCUAUACGACGGCAAGCGUCCAUGUCUGCUGUGGGCAGUGGAUAUGGGUUCGAGCGCGGUGGGCUUUCUCCAUCUGAGUAUGACCAUACAAAUACUGCCGCGAGGGAUGCGUACGCUGCUGCUCAGUACUCUGCAGCUCCGUACUCAGCAGCACAGUACACUGCCGCACAGUAUUCUGCUGCUCAAUACUCUGCCGCUCAGUACUCUGCCGCGCAGUACUCUGCUGCUGCCGCCGCCCAGUACCCUCGUGCUCAGUACCCCACAUACUAACUUAAGGUUUGCUUUGCAUCGUGACGAGAGCCGCGGGUCCCCUUGGUACGUGCAGAAACUCGGGUCAUAUCUUUUGCUUGUUGGUUUUAGUGUGGACACAUGUUAGUGCGACACUAA